AGAUCAUCAAGAAGGAAAAACCUUGUUCAAAUAACCAUGGAGUUAUAUCCAAUUUACGCUACUUUCCUCCUACUAAUUAUCCCAACGCUCGUGUUUUUGUUGCUGAAGAGGAACAACUCUAUGCAGAAAAGGCUUCCACUACCGCCCGGUUCUUUAGGGUUACCGAUAAUCGGGCAAAGCCUCCAAAUUUUCCGAGCCAUGAGGGCAAACAGAGGUGAAGAUUGGAUUAGAGAAAGAAUCCGAAAAUACGGGGCCGUUUCGAAACUGAACGUUUUCGGAAGCCGCAGUGUGUUGCUCCACGGGCCCGCGGCGAACAAGUUCAUAUACACGUGCGACGAGAAGGUGCUGUCCAAUCAGCAGCCGGCAUCGGUGAGGCGGCUGAUGGGAGAGAGGAAUUUACUCGAAUUGAACGGCGAAGAUCAUAAGCGCGUGAGAGGGGCAAUGUUGUCAUUCUUGAAACCGGAAGCUUUACGACAGUCCGUUGGGAGAAUGGAUCAAGAGAUAAGAUUCCACCUCAAGCAUCAUUGGCAUGGCAAACACGAAAUUUUGGUAAUGCCUCUUAUGAAAACCUUGACCUUCAAUGUGAUAUGCUCACUCAUAUUCGGAAUCGAGAGGGGAAUUAGGAGAGAGAGGCUAGUGUACUUAUUCGAGCUAUUGAUCGACGGAAUGUUGGCAUUGCCGAUAAACUUGCCUUUCACGCGGUUCAGCAGAAGCCUCCGUGCGAGGUCGGAGAUCGGAGACAUCAUCUUGGAACUUAUACGAGAAAAGAGGCAGCAGAUGGAGAAACAAGAAACCCUAGACAAUCACCAAGAUCUCAUCACUAGAUUUCUAAGCAUGACCGAUGAUGACGUGGCGAAUCCGUCGCCUCUACUGUCUGACGAGGAGAUUGUGGACAAUUGUAGCAUCGUAAUGAUUGCAGGGCACGACACAACUUCGGUCCUCCUUACUUUCUUGAUCAAACUCCUGUCGGAACAUCCACAUGUUUACCAGACUGUCCUUAACGAACAAGAGGAGAUUGCAAAUAGGAAGGGAUCUCUCGAAGAGCCUCUCACGUGGGAAGAUCUAGCGAAGAUGAAGUACACAUGGAAGGUAGCAACCGAGACACUGCGAAUGAAUCCACCGCUAUUUUGUUCUUUCAGGAGAGUCGUUCAGGAUUUCGAAAUAGGAGGAUACACAAUUCCCAAGGGAUGGCAGGUUUUUUGGACAGCAUUCAUGACGCAUAUGGAUGAAUCCAUAUACCCGGAUCCAUCAACUUUCAACCCGGCCCGGUUCGACAACCAAGGAGCAACGCCACCUUAUAGCUUCAUGGCGUUCGGUGGAGGGCCGAGAAUGUGCCCGGGAUAUGAAUUUGCGAGAAUCGAAACACUAACCAUGGUCCAUUACUUGGUUACUCGAUUUCGGUGGAAGCUCUCUUUAGAAGAGAAUCUAUUCGGUAGAGCUCCUUUGCCGUUUUUCCAUCAAGGGUUGCCUAUACAAGUCAAGUUCAAGAAGCCUCUUGAUGAUGAUGAUGUAAUAAUGUAAACUCUGUCGUGUACGACACGUACGACUGGGAAAUUUUAAAUAAAUAAAGAAUCAUAAAUAAAUCGGGAUCUUUCUUG